CCGAAUCUUCUGCCAUAAAAAUGCAGUUCGACGAUGAUGAGGAACCGGACAUGAAAACACUGCUGAUUUUGGAUACGUUGAAGAAAAACGAUCCAGAAAAUACAAAAACCGUCGAUCUUAAAGAUUUAAAACAAAUUAUUAGAGAAAUUGGAGUGGAAUAUACAGAAGCCGAAAUAUACAGAUUUAUAGAGCAACUCGAUCCUGAAAAGACUGGAUUUGUGAGUCAUGACCUUUUUUUGGAAAUUAUGGGACCUUUUGUUGAUUUAACGGCCUUGACAGCAGAUCUAAGCAUGGCUUUCAGGAUUAUAGAUAAGGAGGGGAAAGGAUACAUCACAGAGCAAGACCUAGCCGCCAUUUCAGACAUUCUUGGAGGCUUUCUAGAUGAAGAUGAUGUUCAUGAUAUAAUGCUAGAAGCAAAUAAAGACCAUGACAACAAGAUGAAAUUGCACGAAUUUGAAAAUAUGAUGUCUCUGGAAUUUUAACGACUAGUUUAAAUAAAUACGUAUAUUUUAUAUGCAAAUUUUUGAUUCUUAAACAUGUAACAAAAACAAAUU